CGGAAGUAAAACGCUCUGGACGAACAUCAGCUCUCACUCUGUUGAUUGUUACGGAUAUGAUUUCCAUGUAAUUCCAUAAUUUUUGUCCCCAAAAUAAUUAACUAUUAAUGUUAAUUCAAGUAAUUAUUUUUGUAGUUUCGGCAAAGACGCGGCGGGGGGUUGCAAGCGGUUUGACAAAUUUUGGUACGUGUGCCGUGUGGAGCGUCGCACAAUAAGCAAUCUGCGUGACGCAUCACUUUGCGCGAAACUCGGUUUGGAAAGAAAGCGGAAGCGACUGAGGGCGUAUUGAAAAUGAGUAAAAGGGACAACAGCGCCGCAGUCAUUCUCGCCUACCUGAAUGCCAAGAACCGUCCUUACAGCACCCAGGAUGUCUUCUGUAACCUACAAAAACAGCACGGAUUGGGCAAAACGGCGGUGGUCAAAUCCAUGGAGCUGCUGGCUCUGGAGGGCAAGAUAAAAGAGAAAACGUAUGGCAAACAGAAGAUUUAUUUUGCUGAUCAGGCUCAGUUUAAAGAUGUGAAUGACGCAGACCUGAAGGGCAUGGACAGUCAAAUCUCAAACCUCAAUGAGGAGAUGCAGGCCCUCAUCCAGAGCUGCAGACAGCUAGAUGCAGAGCUGAAGGAUCUCAACAACAGCCUGACAACACAGGAAAUGACAUCACAGAUCACCAGGCUGAGAGACGAGUGUUCGGUAUGCCGCGAGCGUCUGGACAAGAUAAAGUCGGUCGCCAAUCAUGUCACGCCCGAGGAAAAAGACAAGGUUUUGAAAGAACACAACAUUUACGUGAAAGAGUGGCGGAAGAGGAAGAGACUGGCUUCGGAUAUGAUGGACACAAUCCUGGAAGGAUAUCCUAAGAGCAAGAAAGAGUUCCUGGAGGAGGUUGGCGUGGAGACGGACGAAGACUACAAGGUGGUCGUUCCAACUGUGUGAAAGCCAGUUUGCUGUAGUUGAAAGAAUGUACCAAACAACCCUGGACCCUGAUUAAGAAUAUAUGUUGGAUUUUGUAUACUUCUUUUUGUUCUUAUUUCAGUUAAUCUCGCUGUAUUUAAGAUGUACUGUGUGUGACAUCGUGUUUAUUUCCCCAUUCACUAUUACUGGCAAACUUAUAAAAUUUUCCGGAUGCAUCAUUUAGUCAAGGAAAAAAUGGUUGCUGUAUCUUGUCUGUUUCUGUACAAUGUUUAAAAAAAUGUAGACAGCUCA